GAGACGCGCCGCGCUGAGCCGAGCCGAGCUUUGCGAACCACCAUGCCGAACUGGGGAGGUGGCAACAAAUGUGGUGCCUGUGGCCGCACUGUCUACCAUGCUGAGGAGGUGCAGUGUGAUGGGAGGAGCUUCCACCGGUGCUGCUUCCUCUGCAGUAAGUAUUCCCCUCCAAAAUCUCUGCUGGCAUAGCUGGGGGAUCACAGCAGCAGGGUGCUGGUCCACAGGAGAUAUCCCAGGCUCAGCUGGCACCCAUGAUGGGGAUGGCAGUGGCCAGAGAUGCCUUUGUUUAUCACAUGUUGGGCUUAAUUCCUGCUUCCUCACAUGCUUCCUGGGCCUGGCAUCCCAAAGGGAGAGUGCGUCUCCUGGAGAGGUAUUAUCCUACCUAUCCAGUGUGUAAGGAGUGGGAUGCACCUCUCAGAGCACAUCAUGAUUUUUCUCUUCCAUUUGCACUCUUGCCAGCCUUUUCCUCAAGUCUGAGGGUUCUUUAGGUUGGAAACUUAGCUUAAGUGUUGCUCAUGCAGAGGAACAUUGGCAGAGCUCCAUUUGCACUGAUCUGAGCUCAGCUGGGCUUCUCCUGGUGGUCUUGGGGCUGGCAGUAGAGCUGAAGGAACAGUUAUCAAACUGCUGCCCUGGUGUCCUGCACAGACCAGGACACCAGCGUGCUUGAGCACAGCUGAGUUGUUGAUGCUUUAGCUCAGCCAAAAGCCUAAAUUUUCUUGGCACAGGAGCCUGUGGUUUAUUUCAGAUGAAAGGAGUCCAAAGCAUUAUUUUCCAGUCCAACCAACAAGCCUAGUGAGGCAUUGAAAACUGCUUUCUCUGCUGAAAAGACCUCUGCUUAGAUGAAGGGAACAAAGGGUCCCUGUGAAUCAGAGGCUCCUACUUUGCAAACAGACAGCCUGUCUGUCUGAAUCAGAGAAUUUUACCUUGUUGCAAAUAUGAGGUACUGCUUUGCCCCACUUGCUGGUGAUUAAUACAUAUGGGCAGAGCUUGGGUUUAAGUCUCUUGAUCUAAGCUGCAGUUACAACUGGCCCCCUCAAGCAAGUUUACUGUUAGUCUGCUGCUCAAUGUCAGCACGCUGUGCUGGCACUGAGAGUCUCAGCACACCUAUGCUCCUUUCCCUUAGCUCUACUGUGGUCACAAAAAACAAAGAUUAGAUGUCUUGGCUGCCUCAUUUUCAGCCUUUUACGGGAGUUACUAUUAAAAGAAACCUGGAACUUACAGUCAAACAAUGGCUCUACUGUGUCUGAAUAUAUGCUUUUCCUUAGUGCGUAGUUCUGUUGGGGUUAAAGUCUGUAGACUUAACAAACGUGCAUUAGUUGAUUUAUUUAUUGGAUAUUUUUAUCUUUUUUUUCUUCCCAAAUUCUUUAUCACGGGCAUAAUGCUGUUGCAGAUGGAAAGAGCAUGGAGUUGGCAUACAAAAGGAGGUUUAAGAAGGAAAUAGUUCUCCCUUCUACUGUAACCUUGAGUAGAGUGCUUGCAUUGUGCCGAAGGAUAAUGUAGGAAUGCCAGAAAAGCACAGCCCCUCCGGUGACAGCUGUGAACCAGCCCCAGCUCAGUCCAGAAGCAGAACUGAGGCGGAUGAGGGUGGGGGAACCUUGAAGGUUUGUUUUUUUUUCCCCAGCCCCACCCUGGCAAAAAGGGCAGGACAGGGGUUCUUCUGUACUGAUAGGCUUUUGCUUCAUGCUGUAUGGCAUCUGUCAGGGGAAACUGCUGACUGCCCUCUCUGGAUUUCUGAGCAGCCUCAUUCAUCAAACCACAGCAAGUUUCCAGGCUUUAAAUGUCAUGGUCAUGAAGAGGUGGGAGGGAAUACAGCCCUUUACAGAGCUAAGCAUAAUUCACGAAUUCAAAAGGCAACUUGCUCCCUCUAAUCUCUGGUGGUCCCACAGCCCAAUGAGAAGAAUUGUGAACAGGGAAACCCAUAACAUCACUUCUCACUUGAUUUUUGGCUUACUUUGUGUGCUGAUGGAAACUGCCUUAAGGCAGUUUAACUCUUUUUUUCCUCCAGUGGUCUGCCGGAAAAACUUGGACAGCACAACUGUAGCGAUUCAUGAUGCCGAAGUUUACUGCAAAUCUUGCUAUGGGAAAAAGUAUGGCCCAAAAGGUUAUGGAUAUGGCCAAGGAGCAGGAACACUGAACAUGGACAGGGGAGAGCGACUAGGCAUCAAGCCUGAGAGCACACCUUCUCCUCACCGGCCCACUACAAAUCCAAACCCUUCCAAGUUUGCUCAGAAGUUUGGAGGGGCAGAGAAAUGCUCAAGGUGUGGUGAUUCUGUUUAUGCAGCAGAGAAAGUAAUAGGAGCUGGAAAGCCAUGGCACAAAAACUGCUUCCGAUGUGCCAAGUGUGGAAAAAGCCUAGAAUCUACAACCCUAACUGAAAAAGAAGGAGAAAUCUAUUGUAAAGGUUGUUAUGCAAAGAACUUUGGCCCCAAGGGAUUUGGGUAUGGCCAGGGAGCAGGUGCCCUUGUUCACGCCCAGUGAGGGGCCUAAAACCCCCGUAUGGCUCUGCUGAGAUCCUGCUAGAAGGAACAAGAGGGUUUCCUAACUGUUACUAACUACUGUGAAACAGAUACUAGUUACUGUAGUGCUUGGGUAUACAUUCUGAAGAUGAUUUUAAAAAACCCCACAAACACUGCUUUUUUCCUUGCUUUGUGUAUCACACUGUAACACUUUUAAUACUGAGUAUCAAUUCAAUAAAGCUUUGCUUGUUGAUAUAUCCUAAA